CUGUCUAGAUUGCACCAGCCAAUCAGAACGUCCAGCUCUGUUCAUUGUACUACAAACCCAUUGGGAUAGAAAGAGCCACCUCUAUUAGCUUUCACUCUGAAUCUCUCCCAAGCCACAAGCCUCUCUGCUUGAAGCCUACUUCUCCAUUGCAAUUUCUUUUAAGACUUUGCAUUGAGAAUGCAAGCUCAGGUGCCAACAACAGUUGUUGUAACUCAGCCUGGAUUUGUUCGUGCACCCCAAAAUUCCAACUGGCAGACAAGCCUGUGUGAUUGCUUCAGUGACUGCGGAGUCUGUCUCUGUGGCACAUUUUGCUUUAUGUGCCUUGGAUGUCAAGUUGCAGCUGACAUGAAUGAAUGCUGUCUGUGUGGAACAACUGUGGCAAUGAGGACUCUCUACCGAACCAGAUAUGGGAUCCCUGGGUCCAUUUGCGAUGACUACAUGGUGACCUAUUGCUGUCCUGUUUGUUCUCUUUGCCAAAUCAAGAGAGAUAUCAACAGGAGGAGGGCAAUGAAUGCCUUCUAAAAAAGAUUGAUGGUGAAGAGCUUUUAUUAAAAAACAAACAAAAAAAAAAAACAACCCAGAAACCACCUCUUCAGCCUGAAGACCUGACUUCUCCAUCUUCUCAACUGAAAUGGGAUGGAUAUAUUUCACACAAUGGCAUCAUCACAUAAUGGCAUUUUAAAAAGUG